AUGACUUCUAUUGAUGAUUCAAAGCGUUCUUUAGUAGUUAUGGCUGAUUCAAGAGUUCGAAAGAAUGCAUCAGAACCAAUCAAUACAUACUCAUUCAUUCGUGGAAGUUACGAUUCAACAUUAACCAGAACAGUGAAUGAUAUAUUAAAUGAUUUGAAUAUUAAGGUAAGAGUUGAACAAAAGAACGAAGAAAUAAAGACUAUCAUGAAUGAAAACAAAGAUGUAAACAUUGACGAUAAACUUGCCCAGAGCAUAGUUGAUGGCAUCUGUGAUUUUGAAGUACAUAAUGACGGUGGAAACAUGAAUUUAGAAAAAGAAAUAACAUUAUUCACACUGUUUCAAGCUAUUAAUUCGUUACCUAAUCAUUUGAUUAAUGAAGCAUACGAUAACGUUUAUAACUUCUGCAAUUUAACUGAAAAUGCAAAAAGUAAUUUUGAAAAAGCACGUAGUAGAUAUGCACAUUUAAUGACUUCUCCAUUUGUUUUAGUGAAGAUUCUAAAACUAUAUCAAAAGAAAUAUUAUGAUGAAUACGUUUUGCCUUUAUUACGUAAGCCAAAAAUAACAUUUGAUAUCAAACUUGAUGACUCGUUUUUGAUAACAGAUAUUAGACGCAGGGCUGAAAAUCAUCAGUAUAAAAACAGUUCUGAAGUAAUUGAGGAUUUAUCACGUGUAAUCCGUUUUGUAGAUUGUGGAAACAAA